UUUCUAUCUCGUAUUUUUUCCCCUUCCUUCCCCUCCCUUGGAAAACCAAGCACCCACCGAGACCGAGCCCAGCCGGCCCUAACCACUCCAACCAAAACCCAGGGCCUCGCGUCGUUUGAUGCGAUUCCGGCGGCGAUCGGGAGCGCCUCCCCCGUCCUAGCGUGCGUUCGGGCGAUCUCCACUCUCGCGGCGGGCAUGGCUGGCGGCGGCGGCGGCGGGGCGCGCGGGGGCUCCGACAGGGCGGGGGCGGCGCGCUCGCCCACCACCACGACGGCGAUCCAGUCCACCAUCCAGUCGAUCAAGGAGGUCGUCGGAGGCCACUCCGACGCCGACAUCUUGGACACCCUCCGCGAGUCCAAUAUGGACCCCAACGAGACGGCGCAGAAGCUGCUCAACCAAGAUCCAUUCCACGAAGUGAAAAGAAAAAGGGACAAGAAGAAAGAGAGUUCUGGUCAGAAGAGCUUUGCUGAUAGUACUGUACAGGUUGAGCAGAACCCACAAUGGAUGAAGCCGCACACACAAAGGAUUGAGAAUGAAAGAAGAGCUCCUAAUCAGGGUCAGAUGUCAGGCCCUAAUAGGGAAUUUCGGGUUGUGAGGGACAACAGACUUCAACAUGGUGCAGUGGAAAACAGACCAGAACCAGGAAACAAAGGUUUACCAAAUGUACAAACAUCUGAUAAGAGUGUUCAGUCUGGUGGAAACCAUUCACCUGCUACAACUUCAGAUGGCCAGAUCACACAUCAAAAUGUUAAGCCAAACUCCCACUCUGACACACUUCAAGGGAAGAGGGAUGAUCAGGGUGCUAUGCAGAAGCAUGCAAAGCCAUAUUUGAAGAACUCUCGGAACGAGCAGCACUUUCCAGGUUCUGACCCAGCCCAUGUGCCAACCAAUGUCAGGAAUGCUGGUGGACCUGUUGGACCUGCUCGACGUCAAGUUGGCAUUAUUAAUUCCACUAGGCAAUCUGCUGGCCGCUUGGGCUCUCAGAUGCAUGCACCGGGCAGUUUUUAUGCUAAUAAUCAGAGGGGGAAUUUUUCCUCAGUUGGGACAUCUGGGCGGCACCCAGCUUUUAUGUCUAGAAACAUUCAACAAAACCAGAGACCUGACACCAUGUUCCGUGGAAGGCCUACUGGUAGAUCUUUUGUUGCCCAAAACUUCAACAGGUAUCACCAGGGUCCUACUAGUAACCAAAAAGCUGUUCAGCCUAUUAAGGAGUGGAAGCCAAAAUCGACAAAGAAGUCAUCCACUACUGAUGCGGAUAACAGUGUAGCUGAUGCUGUUUCUCCUUCAGCUAGCAAUACUGAAAAUGCUGAUGCAUCAGAUGUAAAUGGCUUGUCUGAUAAAUUUUCGCAAUCUAACCUGCACGAGGUAGAGCAUGUUAUCAUCCCAGAACAUCUUCGUGUGCCGGAAUAUGAGCAGACAAAGUUAAGGUUUGGCAGUUUUACAUCUGGUUUUGAUUCAGAACAAGUACCGACCUCAACCUCUCCAGACUCUGAACAACCAGAACAUGUACAAGAACCGGUUCAACAGGUUAGCGAAGAUGAUAGUUUGGGUGUUGGACAUGAUGAUGUGGAUGAGCAAGCCAGAUCUUCACAGCACCUCUCCACAUCAACGGCUGAGAUUUCCUUACCACCAUCCGAAGAUAGUGACAGAAUGAGUGGACAAGUAGAGAAUGAUGAUGGUCUGGGCUUAGUUCAGAGCGACACUCCAAUCGGUGCAGCAGAUGGAGAAAGUACCCAAAUCACCACAACUUUGACUGCUUUUUCAACAUAUAGUCAUGAAGAUCCUAAUAUGCAGUCAAAUAAUGAAGCACAGCUAUAUGGACUGGUGGAACCAGUACAUCAGCAAAUAUUAGCUUCCUCUUCUCAGGGGUAUCCUUCAGAAAAUCCGGAAGCAGAUAAUGCUGUGCAAGUGUUCAGGAUGCCAGAUUCUAAUGUUCACUCACAAGUACUUCCUUCCACUUCUGAGGCACUAAAUCCUCAGAUGGUGAGCAACAGCCCUUUUGCAAUCUCUUCACAGCAGCAACAUAUGUCUCAGCAACAAGCUGCAGCACAGAUGUACCCUCAAAUGCAUGUGCAACAUUUUCCAAAUUUCAUGCCAUACCGACAACUAUAUUCUCCAGUUUAUCCUGUGCCUAUGCCAAACUACUCUCCAAAUGUCCCUUAUCCAUCAAAUGGGAAUAAUUAUCUUCAGAUGCCGGGUGGAGGUUCACAUUUAACUGCAGGAGGCAUGAAGUAUGGAGUUACACAGUAUAAACCAGUCCCAGCUGGUAACCCGUCUGGAUAUGGAAACUACACUCACCCAGCUGGUUUUACAAUUGGUUCUCCUGGUGUUAUUGGUGCUGCAGUUGGUGUUGAUGAUGUCAAUAGGAUGAAGUACAAGGACAACAACAUUUAUGCCUCGACUCCACAGGUCGAGACAUCUGACAUCUGGAUUCAGACAGCUAGAGAGAUUCCAACUAUGCAGGUUCCUCCGUACUACAACAUAUCAGGUCAAGCAACACCUGGUGCUUUUGUGCCAAAUCCAGCGAAUGCAUCUUUCAAUGCUACGGCCCAAUCUUCUCAUGCUCAGUUCCCAGGCAUGUACCAUCCCCAGCAACCUCCCUCUAUUGUAAGUCCGCACCCCAUGGUGCAUCAACAGGUGCCGUCAGCGAUUGGCCCCAAUGUUGGUGUUGGGGUGGCUGCUCCUGGCCCCCAAGUUGGGGCUUACCAGCAACCACAGCUCGGUCACAUGAAUUGGAGACCCAGCUUUCCCAGCCCGUGGACCGUCUCGGGUCCAAGACCACCAACGGGUCGCCCCAGCACGAGUCAUCGACGCCUCGCGCCCCCGAGGCCCCGAACUCCCCCGAGCAGCGGCGGCGCAACCUCCUCCUCCGCCAUGGGAACGCGGGAGGUGUACGAGGAGAAGCUCCGCAGCGGCGCGCACCUCCACCGCGACCCCACCAUCAACCCCGGCCUCGGCUCGCCCCGCUGCCCGCGGUGCCUCUCGCUCCUCAACCCCACCGCCGGAGAGGGGGACUGGGCCAUCACCUCCGUCCUGCACGACGCCACCGCCGUGGCUGGUUCUGGCGCCGGCGCAUUGCUCAGCGCUGUGCACGGGUUUAACACAGGGAUCCCUUUUGUCCAGAAGCAUGUGAAGGGACCGAAGUGGCUCCAGUUGCUUGUUGGGGUGCCACCACUGCUGCUGUUCUCAGGUGCCAGUGCUGUAUUUGGUGCAUAUGCACUUCCAAGGUUUGCUCAGCUCACUGUGACGUCUUACUACGCGGCAUCAAGCGGCUCUCACUAUGCAGUUUCACAGAUCACCCGGCAAAUCGAAAGCACCCAUUUUUCAGAAUCUGAAGAGAAAUCUAGAUGAAUUCUUGGCCGUCAACCUGCUCUAUUGGUGCCAUGUACAUGGUAUAUAAGUAGUUACGGACGAUUACUGCUGCCACUGUAAGUCAAAUUAUGUUGGUCGAAUUGUCUUGGGGGUGACAUUGUGUUAGAAUAUAACUUUAUAUGCAGAGAAGUGAGGCGAACUAGUAAGAACACGCAGUGAAUUGUAAGGGGUACAUUAUUUGCAGUCAUGAACAUGACCUGUGCGUGACUGAAACCAUGAGGCAUUCAUGAAUGAACACCAUCAAUCUAUGGAUACCGCUAA